AUGGUUGAAACUAGGCUGGGUAAGAGAAAGGAUAGGCCUCCUCCAACGGCUCCUCCUCCGCAAAAGAGCGGGACCUCGAAGAACUCGAAGAAGAACAAACCGAAGAAGAGUUCCAAGAAGAGAAAAACGACGGAUGAGGAAUCACCGGCGGUUGAUUUUGUUGGAACCGUGGGAGUUGCGGAGGAGAAUGAAGUAGAAGAACCGGCUAAGGAUAAAGACGAAAAUGGAGACAAAGAUGAAGAGGAAGAAGGAAAUAGCGAUGAAUCUCAAGAAGAGAAAGACGAAAAUGGAGACAAAGAUGAAGAGGAAGAAGGAAAUAGCGAUGAAGAAGUAGAGAACAAAGAUGAAGAAAAAAUCCAAGAGGAGGAAGACACCGGAGAAGAAGAGAACGGGACUCCCGAAGAGAACAGAGGUCAAAAUGAAAAUGAAAAUCAAGAACAAGGAGAACCCCCAUUGGAAGCGGAAUUAGGAAAUGUUGAUGGUGAUGGUGAAGGGGUUCUCGGGCAAGGAGAAGAGAACACAAUGUUACUUGCAGGAAUUAGAGGCAACCGAGGCAAUCAAACCGUUGAGGAUGUACUUCUAUGA